AUACUUUUACAUUCAGUUCUGUAUUCCCACGCGCCUGUCUAUCAGACUCCUGUAGUGAGGUUAGCGGUCAGUGGCCGCGCCUUGUGUCUUGGUGAAGUGUGCACUUCUCAGGGUGUGAAUGAGACACAGCCGCGCCACCUCAGGCCUGAUGUAGCAUAAGCGAACCGAGCUCGACAAAUGGCCGUCUGUUUUCUAUCCUUGUGUGGAAGAAAAACAAUCCGUUUGGAUACUUUGACGACAAAACUGGUCAGAAUCAGGACCCGUAUUGGCUUCUCCAGCACUGCUGCGGAGAGGCGCACUACGGGAGACGACUGCCACAAUGACGACGGUGACGAUGAGCAAAGUCUCUCUGUAACACACAUCAGGAUGCUGGAGAUGAAAACCAACAAAUUGGAGGAGCAAGUCCGGGAUCUCACGCAACGAUACAAAAGGGCCUUGGUUGACUCGGAUACUGUUCGGAGAAGAACUCAGAAGUUUGUGGAGGACGCAAAGAUCUUUGGAAUUCAAAGUUUCUGCCGUGACCUAGUGGAGGUGGCAGACCUGCUGGACAAAGAAUCUCCCAACCUGACUGAAAUAAAGAGCAAACUGCAGCAGGUGUUUGCAAAGCAUGGGCUGGAGAAGAUGAGACCUGUGGGUGGUACAUACGACCCCUACCAACAUGAGAUAGUGUGCCAUACCCCAGCUGAGGGGUUCGAGCCUGGUACCAUAGCCACUGUGAAGCAGGAAGGUUACAUGCUGCGUGGGCGCACUAUUCGCCAUGCACGUGUGGGGAUCACUGUGAAAACACAGGACUCUUGAUUACAAUUUUGUAUUGGCCUUACUCUUGUCCUUUUUCUGCUUUUUCAUGUACAUUAUUAAUCCCCGAGGGGAAAUCUGGGAGUUUGUAUAUGUGCACACGUUUGUAGUAACAUUUGCCUCGGAUGAUCGGCGCACAAAUGGAUGUACACGAAGUAAGUGUGAAUGGGGUCGAGUGCGUCUUGCGGAGGUGGUCCGAGAUGCACGUGGCUGCAUUACAGAUGUAAUAUGAAUGCCAGCGUGGCCUGAUCCGUCCCUGACACCACCAAAACACUGCCUAAUGUUGCCAGGUUCACCAUUUUCACACUGAAUUUGGAUAGUUUGAAAAGGUUAAUGCAUGUAACAGGCUGAUUCCCACCCCACCCACCCCGGCCUGUGCGUGUUGCUUACGUUAUUUUUACUUAAAAACUAAUAUUUUAAAUGUUCAUACCAGCCAUGCAAAGGCUGCUCUUAUAUGCAUGUAUCAUCUUACCAUUCUCAGCAUACGCUCCAUUCAUUAAGUGCGUCAGUGGAUCGGUCUACACAUUCACACUGCGGGUUUUUUUUUUUUUUAACAAUGACAAUGUCAUUAUAUUGUCUCAUAUUAGCACCUUGGUGCCAAGUUUCAAUAAGGCCUAUGAUAAUUGAUCAGCUCUGCAGUUUAAAAUAAGUUUUUAUUUAUUGCAGUCCACAGUUUCAAUUCUUGAAUCUGUUUUGUUUGAUUUUAUAUUAUCCCAGUUUUAUAGAAUGUAGUUUUUGUUCAUUUUAUUUACAGAAAUCAGUACUGAAAAUGACAGUAUUUGUGUGUAUAUGAGGACAUGAGGCCAACCAUACUGAAAACUAGCUUAUUUAUUUGUAGUUUAAAUGUAAACUAAUAUCACUCACUGGACCUUGUUUUUGGCUGCAAUUUCAUUUCCUUCCUUUUUUUUUUUUUCCCCUCCCCUUGAAUGACAAAAUUGUAAACAUCCCCUUGUUUGUAUUGAUGCUAAGGUUUUGCACUAUGAUAUUUGUAUUACGGCGAUUAUAUUUCUCUAUAUGAUAGAGGGACGAAAUUGAGUCUGUUGGUUUACUCAACGUGUUUUUCAACAGCUUUUGUAUAAACGGACUCUUUUUGGAAAAGUUUGAUUUUGUGCCUUAAUGAUAAAUCAGUAGUGUCACAAUAGCAAACUUGAGCAUUUCCUCUUUUAGUAACUGUCUAGCUUUAAAAAUAUGGUGCACCUUAGAUUGAUUAUGAAGUUCAUACGAGGUAGGGAGGAACCUGUUUUGAUAUUUAUAUUUUAAGUUUUGCAGUCUUUUUAAGUUUUGUGAUUAUUUUUUUUUGUGUGUAGUUCACAAUCCAGUGUGAAUUAGACCUUUGCUUGAAGGUGCAUUUGGGAAAUAUGGAUUUUGUGUGCAUGAUGUCCGUGUUGUACAGCAUGUUUGUCACUCAUUAUUUUUGUGAAAGUAAUAUUAAAAUGUAAGAUGUA